AUGGCGUUCAGGUAUGACUCGCACCCAAGCACGAUUCCUGCUCGAGUCACUCCAGAUCGCCCCCGACUGGCGACCUAUCAGCCCCAAGCACGAUUCCUGCUCGGGUCGCUCCAGAUCGCCCUCGACUGGCGACCCAUCAGCCCCAAGCACGAUUCCUGCCCUGGUCACUCUAGAUCGCCCCCGACUGGUGACUCGUCAACUCCAAGCACGAUUCCUACCCGGGUCGAUCCAGAUCGCCCCGGACUGGUGACCCGUCAGCCCCAAGCACGAUUCCUGCCCGGGUCGCUCCAGAUCGCUCCUGACUGCCGAUUCCAACCGAUUGCCGUGACGGUCAAGAAGUUCUCCGUCUCGCCAGUGGUAUUCCCCUCCUCCGCCGGGAACCCCAACGUUACCCACGAGCGCCAGGCUCCGCCCUUCCAGCGUCCUCGCCCCUCGAAACCCGGCCCCGCCAACACUAGCAUCCCCUUCAUAUCCAUGGAUAUCCUCUCGAUCCUGAACCCCCUCCGCGUGAACCCUAGUCUCCACGAGGACGCCGACCUCUCCGGCCCUUUCCUCUUCCUCAUGGUCUUCGGUCUCUUCCAGCUUCUCGCCAGAAAGUUCCACUUUGGGAUCAUCUUGGGUUGGUUCAUCGUCGCCGCUCUCUACCUCUAUGUGGUCUUCAAUAUGCUCGCCGGACGGAACGGGAACUUGGAUUUGUACCGGUGCUCGAGCCUGGUUGGGUACUGCAUGCUGCCGAUGGUGAUGUUCUCGGCAGUGUCGCUUUCUGUGCCCCAUGAUGGGAUUGUGAUCUUCGCGAUGGCAGCAGUUUCUGUGCUGUGGUCGACGAGGGUUUGCACGGGGCUUCUGGUAGAGUUGGUGGCAUGUCGAGACGAACAUCGCGGCCUCGUAGCCUACGCUUGCUGUCUCGUUUACAUGCUCUUUUCGCUGCUCAUUAUAUUCUGA